AUUAAACAACGAUUCUCAAAUAAUUAAAUAACUUAUAAGAAUGGCGUCGCUGUUGAGAUUCGUAGUUAAUCCUAUUGAAUUGCAAAACGUGAUUAAAGUUAAACAUGAUUUGGCCGAAUCGUCGAGACGCCUGCACUUUAUCGCGGCUCGUAAAAUUCAGGCUUGGAUCCGUGGCAUUAUUACUCGUAAUCAUCUCCGUAGGCUCCACGAAAACGCGACGAUUCUGCAACGUCAUUGGCGCGGAUAUCGCACCAGGAUGUUCACUAAUCAAUAUUUGAUUCAGCAUGUUCAGCAGAUGUGGCAGGAUUAUUAUACUAGUAUGGCGACGAGGAUUCAAGCUGUUUGGAGAGGCUACUGGAUUAGAAAAACACAAAUAAACUUUCUACAGUUACGACGAUGGUUGAGAGACGUUUAUACGAAGAACGAUGAAACUUUAGAAAACAUGAAAAAAUUUAGACGAGGAGAACUCGAAUACGCGGAAAAUAUGACUGAACAAGAAGCGAUGCUCGGGAUUUUAUUCAUCUUAUUUAAAUUACAUCAUCUUUUGAGGACCAAAUGCCGUCCAGGUGUCAUCACGAGAAUUGAUAAAACUCGUUUCACAUACAUCGAAGAAAUGUUGAAAUGUCUCGAAUAUGAUCAAUAUGUUUCUAAAGCGAAAGCUAUUUGCAAAGACUGUCAAAUCGAUCGUAAACCUUCUUUAAUUUUUCGUGGCACUUAUUUUGAGAGAUGUGAAAAAGAGAUUCGAGAGUUUGAGAAGAGUUUACAAGCCGGGAACGUAUCCAUUUUUAGAAGUAUAGCUGAUUAACAAAUUAAAUCAUGUGAUUAUGUGUGCUAAUCUUCCAAAGUUUUACUCUAUCUUGAUUUUAUAAAUAAAAUUAAAUAUAUGAUGCAUCAUUUUAAAGAUAAUAAUUAUCUUCUUUUUCUCUACAUU